AUGUCUUCUGUCCAGACUCGAAGCGCAACCAGUGCUGGCACCAAGGUGCAUCUCGGGAAAAAUGCUCCAGUGACCCAGGAAGCUGCUGGUCCUGUAAAGCAUGACUCUCUUGCUGCAGAAUCCUACAAAGCCAAUGGCAAGUUCGCCGAAAACCGCGACGCCGAACCCGAGGGUCCUUCAUACACUACAAGCAAGUCAUCAUCUUCUCACGCCAGAGUUGAAGGCGUUCAAGGCGCUCCGGCGCCUACCUAUAUAAACAGCCAGUUUAUUUCUGAUCCCCACGGACCGCACGGCAAGAACCUGAAGGAAGAGGGUUUCGACCACCAGCAAGUCUCUGAUGGACAGCGGAAGGCAUUCAAGGCAGAGCCAGGAUCAAUCGACGACCCAGGCAGACUGGCUGAAGUAAAAUUCGAGCAAAGGGAUGCAGCCACGCCGCUAGCUGCGCUCAACAAAGACUCUGGCGAGUUGUCAAAAGGGACGGCGUUUGAUGGCUUGCAGCGCGAUGUCUCCGCCUAA